UCGGCGUGGGGGACAGCCGUCGUUGGCAGCAGCAGCAGCAGCGAUGCCGAUUUCCGUGAGCGACUUCUCGUGGGAGCAGUCCAACGCGGCGGUGCUUCUCUCCGUGCCGCUGCGAGGCGUGCGGCCGGGCAGCGUGGACAUCAUCGCCUCUGAUGAAUACAUCAAGGUGAGCUUCCCGCCAUACCUGCUGGAGCUGCUGCUCUUUGCGCCGGUGGAUGAGGCGCGCAGCUCGGCUCGGCUGGGCCGUGGCGUUGCUCUGCUCACCCUGCCCAAAAAGGAGCCGGCACCAUGGCCCCAGCUCAUGUCAUCGCUCCAAGCGGACAAGGCGGCGAUGCGGCGGGCACACGAGGAGGCGCUGGCCAGGGCACAGGAGAAGGCUCGAGCCGAGGCCGAGGCACGGGCGGUGCGCAAGCGCGAGGAGGAGAAGUUCGCUCUGCAGACCAUGAUGCAGAUCGAGGAGGACAAGCGGAAGAGGAUAGAAGAGGAGAAGGAGAGGGAGCGCCAACACGCCACGGCGGAGCUCGAGAGGUGGAAGGAGCAGCAGGGCCGGCAGGAGAUGGAGGAGAGAAGGAGAGUGCAAGAGGAAGAGGAGAAAAGGAGGAGGAGGGAGGAAUGUGCGCGGCUGCGACAGCAAAAUCGGGAGAAACAACAGCAGUUGCCAACAGCAGGUGGGGGGCGCCCCCCAAAAAAGGAGAAGGAGUUGCCGCCCCCCCGGCAGGCAGCCGCCAUCGGAGUUCACUUCAGUCCGCGCGUGUUCCCCACGGCGUUGCGAGAAUCGCGCGUCCCCGAGGAGGAGCAGUGGCUGAAGCGGCAGGCGGAGGCCCGGAAUAUAUGUGACCUCAAUGACCCUGAGCUCUCGGGGGAGGAGAAGGAUCCACAGUGGCUCAAGGAAAAGGGCGGGAAGCUGUUUGCGGCGGGCAAUUACCUGGCUGCGGUGAAUGCGUACGACCUGGCGAUUCGGCUGAGUGGUGGCGAUCCGGCGCUGCACCUCAACCGCGCCGCGUGCCACCUCAAGCUCCGCAACCUGCACAAGGCCCUGCAUGAUAGCUCCAGGGCGCUGGAGCUGCUGACGCCGCCAGUCCCAGCGAACCGCGCGGCGCGGGUAAAGGCGCACGUGCGGCGUGGCACGGCGCUCUGCCAGCUCGAGAUGUUCGUCGAGGGACUCAUGGACUAUGAGGCGGCUCUCAAGCUCGACCCGGAUAAUGUGGUGCUGAGGGAGGAUGCUCGCAAGAUCCGGGACAUCGUACAGGGCUCACGCGGAGAGGAGACGCGGUGAUGCCGGCACCACUCCCGGGGUUUAUGCUACGUGACCUGUCCUGACGUAUCAUCAUCACUUCAUAUUUAUAGAGUGCCUCCGUUUCAGUGCAUCUCGAGACUGAGAGUCCCGAAUGUUCUGGGGAAGAGUGUCGCUCCACAGCUGAGGAGGCACCUGGCUGCUGCUGAAGGCUCUUUCUCCCAUUGAGCGCAUGUAUGUCCCAGGCACACUCAAGUACGGCACAAGGUGAACGCAGCACCGGCCUGCAAGUGGCUAUUAGUCUAUCAGAAGGAGGCGAUGCUACUAUGUUGCCUUUUGCCAAUUAAGUAAUUGCAAUGUUUUUUUUUAAUCAAAUGUGGCAAAUUUGGAUCGUGAUACUGCCACGAUUUGAAUUGAAAACGUAGUUCCAUGUAUAGCCAGCUUGUAAAUCCACUGCUGGAUGAAAGCCUUCUCUCCAAGCCGUUGCCAUCUCUUACAUGGUCCUGCGAUGUAUCAAUCCACCUGGCACCAGCACAGGAGUUCUCAUCUCUGUCGUUCCCCUGUUUGGAUGCCACUCCAUCGUUUCUCUCAACCAUCUGCUACCAUCAUCAACAUGUACAAACCCUUUUUGUUAAUCCACUGCUGAGUGGGGGGCCUGCAUGCAUGGGUUGUCGGGAUUAUUUAACCCUACUUCACGCUGGCCGGUGCAGGUUCAGCCUGUUGGUGACCGUGGGUUUAUACUAUGUUCUACAGUUGUGGUGAAGAACUCAAUGCCAUUAAUAUUCCCUAUAAAGUAAAACCCUAAUGUGCGCCGUGGUCGUCACACUCUACGGCUCUUAUACUGUACUGUAUGUGACGAUUUCAACUGGCGUGCCUCGUGGGCUGGUGUCAACGUCUUCUUUGUGUAACUUAUUAUUAAAAUACACAU